AUGAAGCCUACCACUAUCUGCUCCUUCCUCCUGGCCACCGGUACUGCUCUGGCUAUGCCUGCCAAGAGAGCCGAGAAACCCAUUACUAUCAGCGGCCUUUUCGCCUCUCAGAUUGAUCAGCAGGGGUACAUUACCUUCAAACUGAACGAUCCUAACUACAACGAUGUGACCGGCGCCAAUGUGAUCUGGCAUCGUCCCGGAAGCCCUCUUGAAGGCGCUCGUACCAGCGACAGCGCCUACUAUGUCCAGUUUCCGGGCGGCGUGAAUGAUAUUUCCGUCUUCACCUUGCAGCUCCAACGAGUUAACGGGACUGAGAAAGUCUCGUUCACCCUCAAUGACAAUGGAAGUGGCCAUGCCCCGGGCACCAAGUGGCUGUGCAACACAGAGACAGGAACACAGACGGUGAAGAAGUGUCACUACGAUGGUGACAUCACCUUAUAA